AUGACAGCUACGAUGCUAUUACUGCUGAUAUUAUUAUCAAGCUCUAGUAUUUCUACUAGUACAGAUGCAAAUACGUGUGACACAAAGGGAAUGGUCGUACUUACAGCUAGUAGUAGUGAAGAUAAUGAAGCAAUUGUGAUUGAUGCUGAUUGUACUGAAAACACGAUUGAUGUCGUCAAGAGUUCGUUAAUUGCAAGUAAUAUGGGCAUUCAACAGGUCUCAAGUGUUCCUAAUGUGAAGAGAAUUGACUUGUCGCUCAACAAUAUUUCGUCACUAUCACUUGUAGACGUGACGUUACUUGAAAAACUGGUCUUGACAUCCAACACGUUUACAAAGUUUGACCAGUUGAUACUUCCUGAUACUGUCAUAUUCCUAGACUUGAGCUGGAAUGCCAUUGCGUCAUUGGAUGGCAUGAAUCUUCCAACUAGCAUGAAACAAUUGUAUCUAGGCGGGAACCCACUCACGUCUGUGGCAGAUACCUCGUUUCCACCUUUGCUCACGUUGCUGUACAUUCACGACUUGAAACUAUCUGAUUUAAAUGGAGCGACAUUUCCCGACACUAUUCAGUAUUUAUCACUUGUGCAGUCAGGUCUUUCCAGUUUGGACGAUGUCAAGUUUCCAGACAGCUUGCAGUUCAUUGAUUUUUCGCUCAACAGUAUCACGUCCAUGCCAACUGGGUUUCCUUCUACUUUGGUGCAGAUUACAGCGACAAAUAACCAAAUUACAGCGCUGACUCGAUACGCAUUUCCGUCUAGCAUCGCGUCGCUUAACUUGUCAGGCAACCCCAUUGCACUAAUUCACGGAGUCUCCUUCCCCUUAGCUCUGACGAAGCUAGAUCUUGGCAGCAAUGAGAUCACUAACUUUGAGAUCUCUCGUUCGGACUACUCGACGUUUAAGGACCUGGACGUGUUCAGCGCAGUAGUUGCACAGACUAGCUGCUCUACACCGGGCGCUGAACUGGUUGCGGUUUCAGGUUACAGCAUUUGUGUCAUUUCGGAUGAAUUGUUUGAAAGUACCUACGGCAACCCGUCUACAGCGCCUUACUCGAGUGCAGAGACCUCGGCUACACCGCCAUCCAACAGCAACUCUAUCAUCCUUGUCGUGGUGAUCUGCCUGGCAGCUGUGCUUGCUGUGGCGCUUGCGGCAUUUGCGUUCAGGACGUAUCGAGUAAAGCAAACAAAGGACAGUUUUCAAGGAGCGAGGGAUGGAAACAACUUUUUUGCGAAUAACACAAUAAAUGACACGGCUACGCACUCUGCAGAAAACCAUCAGAAUCACUCUCGCUCAUUUAGUACGCUUUUCAAUGGUGACAAGAUGACUAUGAUGGGUGGAACGUCCAUCGAGUCAGCUCUUGUUAAGUACCGUAUACCUGCGAGUGAAGUGCAAGUCCAACGAUCGAUCGCAAAGGGUGGCUACGGUAUCGUGUUCCUUGCGUUAUACCAAGGUCGUUCAGUAGUGGUGAAGAAGAUCUUACCGGAGAGGGCAGCGGACGACCGAUGUCUAAGCGCAUUUAUCGAGGAGAUUAAGCUCAUUUCGUCAUUAUCUCAUGCAAAAGUUGUGCGCUUUAUCGGGGUGAGCUGGAGUAUGCUGUCCGACAUGGCGGUGCUCAUGGAGUACAUGCCUAACGGUGACCUUGACAUGCUGCUGAAACAGCAGCACGAGCGACAAGAACGGUAUCCGAAGGAAUUUGACUGGUAUCAGAACUCACCAGUAUUGCCAGCGAAGGCUGCAAUUGCUUUGGAUGUGUUAGAGGGGAUUGUAUACCUGCAUUCGUUUCCUUCACCUAUUAUUCAUCGUGAUCUCAAGUCGAAGAACGUGCUUCUCAGCUCGACUUACGAGGCCAAGCUGAGCGACUUUGGUGUGAGUCGGGAGUGGCAGGUGGAUAUGACAAUGACUGCAGGGAUUGGUACAAUGGCUUGGAUUGCGCCCGAGGUACUCCGUGGUGAGCGCUAUACGGAGAUGGCUGAUAUCUAUUCGUUUGGCGUGAUUCUGGCGGAGUUGGCGACGUGUAUUAAGCCGUUUGACGGUAUAACAAACGCGCUUAUUGUCCUCAAGGUUACAAGUGAAGAGAAGCCAGACCUCGGGUCAAAUUGUCCUGAAGAUAUCCGUGAGCUAGCAAGUCGGUGCCUUAGCUUUAAUGCUAACGAUCGUCCGACUGCUAGUGUGGCCCACUACGAGCUGCGAACACUGCUAAAGCUGCACUCGGCGUUUGAGCUGUAA